UUUUUUUUUUUUCUCUCUCUCUCUCUCUCCUUCUUGCUGUUCAGGUGUGUUGUUUUCUUAUUCUUCUUUCAAAAUAAAAUGGAUUCUAUUACCGUAUUGUACUUUGCAGGCAUAGCAGACAUUACUCAACUGGGAUCAGAAACUGUUUCUCUAACAACUUUACGCUCAACAACAGCAACUGACGUUAUUCACGUAUCUGAUGUGGUAGAUAUGUUAAUCAAGAAAUAUGGUAAUGAUUUUGAAAAAGUGGCCAACACGUGUAUGUUUGCAGUGGAUAUGGAUUAUGUACCUCGAUCUCAUCCUUUGAAACCUGGACAAGAAAUGGCAUUGAUACCUCCUGUCAGUGGCGGUUGAUAUUUUUGAACAAGAUAUAUAUUUUGUAUUUGUAGUUUAGAAUAGUAUAGUUGUAUACAUAAAAAAAAAUUAGGAUUUGUAGAUACUUCUUCUUGUUGUGAUAAUUGAAACACACGUAAUAAAAUAAAAAAAAAC